UCUAACUUGAUUCAGGCGUUAACAGCUGUUGACAGGAGCGGUUUCGUUCAUAAACACACAAUCGGUCCCUUUUUUUGUGUUCAGAUCCUGUUUUUAUUCGCUUUUUCCCCUCCAUGGGACUUUGUUUUAGUUGCCACUCAGUAGCUUUUACUUAAAGGGAAUGAGAAAACCCAAGAAGAAGAAACAAAACGGAGGAUUUGGGGGCAACGAAAAUGGAUCUGUCACAAGAGAAUUGGAUGGUGGAAGGAAACAUAAGCUGACUGUCAUUCAUCAGGCAUUAAUAAGAGAUCCAGUGGACAUUGAGACCCUGAGGAGAGCUGCAGCCAGUAAAGGAGGCCUACUCACUGAUGAGUUAAGGAGAAAAGUGUGGCCUAAAUUACUGAACAUAAAUGUGUAUGACCUACCACACAAGCCUGGUCGAGAUGUGAGGGAGAACCACAAGGACUACAAUCAAGUUGUCCUGGAUGUCAGAAGGUCCAUGAAGCGAUUCCCUAAAGGUAUGCCAACCGCAGAGAGAGCCGUACUUCAGGAGCAGCUGAUCGACAUCAUCCUGGAGGUGCUGAAACGUAAUCCUCAGCUGCACUACUAUCAGGGCUACCAUGAUGUCGCUGUGACUCUGCUGCUGGUGGUUGGGGAACGGAUGUCCAUCGCCAUGCUGGACACAUUGUCCAAUUUUCAUCUCAGGGAUUUCAUGGAUCCAACCAUGGACCGCACCAAACACAUUUUAAACUAUCUUAUGCCCAUACUGGAGCAAGUUGAUGCUGAACUACAUGACUUUAUGAUCAGAUCGGAGGUUGGAACCAUCUUUGCUCUCUCCUGGCUCAUCACGUGGUACGGCCACGUCCUGUCAGACUUCAAACACACUCUGAGGCUCUACGACUUCUUCCUGGCCUCCCAUCCACUGAUGCCCAUCUACCUUGCUGCGACGAUUGUGUUACACAGAGAGAAGAAGGUAAAGCAAACUGAGUGCGACAUGGCUAUGGUGCACCACCUGCUCUCCCGCAUCCCUCAGGACCUCCCAUAUGAGCUUCUUAUUGGCCAGGCCCAGGACCUGUUCGAACAGUACCCACCAUUAUUACUGGCCAAGCGGGCUGCACUGCAGUCUCGCAAGAGCUUCUCCAUAAGCAGCUUCCAGGCAUUUCAUCUCUCCACCCUCCACCAGAGGCCAGACUCUGUUCUCCAGCGCCUCACCAGGGCCCAGGGCUCUACCACCUCCAGACAUGGCCUAGAAGUUUCCUUGCCUGCAGCCCAAGGCCAGCUGUGGAGGGAGGGGAACAAGGUCAUGAAGAUGGCAGUGUGGGGCCUGUCUGCUACGCUCGGGGCCGCCGUGUUCGCUGUGGCUCAGACCGCCAUGGACUGGGGACCUGACCUGAUACUUCAGCUGUUCUGAUGGGGCCAGUGGGAACGGGACACAUUUGAAACUUAAUCACACCUGAGAGCUGUUGUAAAACCACAUAAAUGCUGACUGUGAUGACUUGGAGAUCACAUCUACUGCAGAAGGGGGUGUCUUGGUGCCAAACAAGUUAUUUUCACUCCUGUACAAGAAACAAGAAUGUGAGGAGUCCUGUGAAGAAUCUCAGGAGACAUUUUGGUCAGUUCACAUGGCAUUAAGGCAUGGAAGUAAGUAACAAAGAAGCAAAAGUGGUCUGAACAUGCAUGUAAGAAGCUAACAUAUCCUGCUGUUUCUUUUUCUUUCUUUAAACCGUUAUUAUCUGUUUCUUUGAGGCUGAUUAUUUCAUCGGUGAACCUGUUUUCAGUGUGUCACUUCUGUUCGGUGCGUUUAAUUGAAGAGUCUCUGUACACUUGUCGGAUCCUCAGCUUUAUAUAUCAAGAGGCAAACGUGCCCAAAGCCAGCGCCAUGACACACAAAUACAAAUUAUUAAAGAGCGGUGUUUUCUGCUGAAAGCCCCUAGUUAUGAACGGAGUAGGAGGGUUAGCGCUGGAUAUCUUUUGCCUGUGAGCCUUGUAUUAAUUGCUCUUCUUUAGGUGUCAGCGAGUAGCAUUUACACUGGAGCUCGACACACAGAAAUAAGCUGUUACACCUACCCCCCCAAAAAAACAAAACAAAAAAAACAUGAUCACUAGACACAGUUGGCACAGAUUUCCAGCACCUGCGAUGUUUGAGAUUCGGUAAAUAUUUUUGAGAAAUUUCCUAUAUUUGCUGUGCUGUUUUCUUGUUUUUUCCCCAGCUCCAGUAGACCGCUGAUGCUGAAUGAUUGAGGGGAAAAAGCCACAUUUAGUGUGUUUAGGCAAAAAUCAUUUUUAUUCAAAUCGAAUUUAUUGUUAUUGAUUUUAAAUAUCUAUCUUUUUAUGUGAGAAAAUCAUUCUUCCUUAACUGCAUCAUAACUACAAUAACUACUUUAUAUUUAGUAGUUAUUGUUGGACUAAACAAGAGUUAUGUGAAAUUUCCAACUGAGCUCCAACCAGUUGUCAGGGGCUUCGUGGUGUUUUCCAGCACUGUAGCUUUUCUGUUUUCUUUUCUUCUUAAAUAUUUAUUUGGUUUUACUUGUAGUUAAGCUGCUGCUGCUGUAAACGUAACAUUCAACCCUCUCCACAUGCUCUGUCCUCAGAUAUUAAUGUGUCACAUGCUUGCACGGCUCAUUGGGCAGUCUGCCCUGUUGAUUUCUGUUGUUUUGUAGCAAAUUAAAUCAACCAUACAUGGUGUGAAUUAAAGAAAAUCACUGACAGGCAGUUAAAACAGUCCACCCUCAGAAAUGGUCUCAAUAUACCAUCUUUUAUCAGUGAAAGAAGGCAGUAAAUCAAUGAAUUGUUGUUGCAACAUAUCUGCUGAGCCGCAAGCUGGUUAGGACUCUUUGAAAUGUUUAUCAGAUGAUAAUUGAGCUGUGUGUCUGAGAGAAAAGAGAAAAUGUCAGGUUUAUUAAUUAACUGUCUUGUUUGUUGGCUGGCUUUUCUUCUGAGGCAACUUUUGCUAGUUACAAUUUUGGGUACGCUCAAUGCCUCAUUGUUUUCUGUAAGCAAUCUAUAUUUUUAUGCUUUAUUUAUAUAUUUCAAUAAGUUAGAUCUUGUGGAUGUAAAUUUGAUCAUGUAAAAUUAAAGGAAAAGUUCAAAAUGUUGCAGUUUGGUAAAUAUAAAUAAUUUUAUUUUUGGGAUGCUUCAUUGCUAGCAAGACUGGGACAGUCUUGUGAAGGCUUACUAUUUUUUGGGUUUGAAAAUGUGAUGUAAAAUAAAUUUGGUUUUGUGUAAAUUUG